UAUAAUUCUUUUUUUACUAAAUAUUAGGAAAAAUGAAUAUGCCCCUAGGGUUAACAAAACAGACGUGAUGAAGAGAGGAAGCGAAAAUAACAACCACGAGACCAAACCAUCGCCAACACUACGUUUUCGCUGCCGUGAAAUCUCCACCGGGGAAAAUUCCGGCGAUAUCACUAUUCCUACGGAUCUACCGUUUACGAAACCUAUAUGUGAAAAAAGGACAGGAACAAUUGGUGGUCUUGGUGUACGGAAGCUUAACACUAAGGUUGAGGAAUCGUAUGAAGCAAGAAAGAAGUUUUCAAAUGCCAAGUCCAUAUCCUCUGCUCAGUUUUUCGGGGAUCAGAAUAAAUCUUCUGAUCUUGAAUCAGAAUGUACAUUUGAGAAGUUAUCGAAUGAUUUCUCAUCGUUAGUGGGCAAAACGAAGGAGAGACUCGGAACUUUGGGCUCUGUUAUCACUGGUCUAAAAAAGGCUAUAUUCCCAAGGAAACCAGGUAAUCCUGACGAUAUUAAAGCCCUCCGCAGGGAUGUGACAGAUUUGAUGCAGAAAUUACGUAGCGAAGAUGCUCAUGCCAUCCCUUGGGACACCCGUAUGAAAUGGGUCGAAAAAGUCUGUGACCAACUCGUAGAAGUUACAUUAGGCGUUGAUCUAGCAGGAAGUCUUGGACCGACAGUUUAUACGCUCCGAGAAGAUGCAUGGGACUUAUCGGAACAACUUAUCAUUGAGAGAGAUAUAGAGCGCACGAGGCAAGACAAAGAGAGUUUAAACUCGUGUAGUGAAUAAACCGAAUCAAAACGUUACUAAGAA